CUCGCUCGCCGUCUUCUCUCUCUCUCUCCCAAAACUCUCAGGCAAUUUUUUUGCCUAUGGUUUCGAUUCUACACGCAAGCUUCUUCCUUUUUCCAGAGAUCGAUGAACCCUAAUUAGUCAAUACGCAGUGGCACGAUUCGCACACUCUCUCUCUCUCUCUCCACAAUCUGGAAAAAGAAUGCAAUUUACUUGUGAUCCUGAUCAAGAGGGAGACGAGGUGCCACAGUAUGAACACAUCUAUCAAAAUGACUUCUCUUAUCGAAAGCACAAGAAGCAGAAGGAGGAAGAUAUCUCUAUCUGUGAAUGCAAGUUUGAUUUUGGAGACCCUGACAGUGCUUGUGGUGAGAGAUGCCUCAAUGUGAUUACCAACACCGAGUGUACACCUGGUUACUGCCCUUGUGGCGUCUAUUGCAAGAAUCAGAAGUUUCAGAAAUGUGAAUACGCAAAGACGAAGUUGAUAAAGUCCGAAGGUCGUGGUUACGGACUAGUGGCUGUUGAAGACAUAAAGGAAGGACAGUUCAUUAUUGAGUACUGUGGAGAAGUAAUCUCAUGGAAGGAAGCAAAGCGUAGAGCUCAAACUUACGAAACUCAUGGUGUAAAGGAUGCUUACAUAAUAUCUCUCAAUGCCUCUGAGGCUAUUGACGCCACUAAGAAAGGAAGCCUUGCUAGGUUUAUUAAUCAUUCAUGUAAACCAAACUGUGAGACGAGGAAGUGGAAUGUUCUGGGAGAAGUAAGAGUUGGGAUCUUUGCCAAAGAGAGCAUAUCUCCAAGGACUGAGCUGGCUUAUGACUAUAACUUUGAGUGGUACGGUGGAACCAAAGUCCGUUGUCUCUGUGGUGCAGUGUCUUGCUCUGGCUUUCUUGGAGCCAAGUCUCGUGGCUUUCAGGAGGAUACAUACGUAUGGGAGGACGGUGAUGAUCGGUACUCGGUUGAUAAGAUUCCGGUCUAUGAUUCUGCGGAAGACGAGCUUACAUCUGAACCUACUUCUAAGAAUGUUGAGUCCAACAAAAAUGAAGAGAAAGAUAUUGUGAAAGAGGAGUCUACUGCUCUGAUUGUUGAGCAGUCAGAUUCAGCUCCUAUGGAGGUAGAUGCUGUCACAGAAACUGUUAAAACCGAAGAAGAUAUGAAGCUGACGACCUCGCAAGAUUCGUCGCAGAAAACAGCAGUUAUAUCUAAGGGUCUUGCGAGGAAAAGAGGAAGGCCGAUUACAAAGAAUGUUGUGAAGAAGCACGUUGACAUAGCAAACGUGGUUCAGCUACUAGCAACCAAAGAAGCUCAAGAUGAAGUUCUCAAAUGCGAGGAGGUGAAGAAGGAAGCAGCGGUACGUCUCACGUCCUUGUACGAUGAGAUAAGACCAGCGAUUGAAGAGCACGAGAGAGAUAGCCAAGACAGUGUAGCAACAAGCGUGGCGGAGAAGUGGAUACAAGCAAGCUGUUAUAAGCUCAAGGCAGAGUUUGAUCUUUACUCUUGUGUGAUAAAGAACAUCGCUUGCACUCCUAUCAAACCACAUGACUCGGCAAAGACCAAAGCUGCAGAAACAGAGAACAAGCCCUCGGAAAGCUAAUGAAGAAGAGAACGAGCUCCAAACCUGCUAGGUGGCUCGGAAGGUUAUGAUUAUGAUUAGACUUUUGUGAGUUUCGCUGUAAGUGACAUUUGUUUCAUUUGAUUAUUCAUAAAUCCAAUGAGAAGCUGACGAAAAACCGC